AGGUCCACCGGUAACCCUAGACGACAAAGCAGAGAUGGGCACAGGACGUUGCGUGGGACGCCCUGCCGGCCUCCUCUAGAUGGGGAUCCCUCUGCUCUCAUUGUCCGAAGGAUGACGGGCCCUAGGAAGAAAAAGAGCCCCUGUCUCCAAGGGCCAUCUCCUCCAUUCUGGGCACCUGGCUGGACCAGUACUCAGAGGACUUCUGUCAGCCCGGACGUUCCCUGCCUCAAGCAGCUGGUGGCCCAUGUGCAGCUCAACAUGCCCGGUUCUGACCUGGAGCGCCAUGCCCACCUUCUGAUGGCCCAGUUGGAGCACGCAGAGCCGACGCAGGCUGACCCUGAGGAUGAGAAGACCGGAGCUGCUCCACCAUCUGAGGAGCUAGAGCGACUCCAUCUGCAUCUCUAGCAUGUGUCAGGAGCCAGGUGCAGGGACAGAAUCCAGGCCAGCUUCCACGGGGCUCUGCAAACACAGGAACUGUCACUCAGCUCGGAGGCCUCACAGCCCUGCCCGACGUCCUCACUGUCCCCCUGCCCAGCCCCCUGCUGCUCCCAGAUCAGACACACACCUGUGCGUGCACAGCCCAGAG